AUGGCCUCAGCGAUAUUUGAAUGUGUGUCUCCUGCACAUGCUACUAUCGGCCUCGAAUGCGCACCUCAGCAAGCACUUCGACUCCCUGACACACCUCCUCUUACACCGCCAUGCGAUUCUCUGUCCAGGAGCUCUUCCUGCGACUACCUUGGAGACUUGGGUCUUUCAUCGACCUCCGGUCCAGUAAACUACGCUCAACCGACCGUAGCAGUCAUCGGCACCGGCUACGUCGGCCUUCAUCUGGUCGAAGCCUUCUCAUCCGCAUACGAGGUGAUCGCAUUCGAUAUCUCCAACCAACGUAUUCAAGAAAUCCGGCCGACUCUUCCUUCCAAUGUCACCUGCACAUCGAACGUCGAUGAUCUGAGUAGAGCGACGCACUUUCUGAUGUCAGUGAGCACCGUGAUCGAUGCUCAGCAAAGAAUCGACAGCUCAUGCAUUCAGAAAGCCAUUCAGACUAUCGAGACUCAUGCUCGACCUGGCUCGACGGUCGUGAUUGAGAGCUCUGUUGCAGUUGGCAUGACAAGAGAUCUCCUACGACCACUCAUGACAUCCAAGUCGCUGAAGUGUGGCAUGUCUCCUGAGGUAUGUUUUAUACCGCUGUGGUAUAUUCGUUACGAUAGUAUCUAACUUUUGCUUUGCAACAGCGAGUCGAUCCAGGACGCACAUACCCACACUACACGACUAUCCCGAAGAUCGUCUCAGGUCUCGACAAUGACUCUCUGCAGUCCAUUCAUGCUCUUUACUCGAAAGUCUUUCUCAACUUGGUCCCAGUAACAAGCACAGAGGUGGCCGAGAUGACGAAGCUGUACGAAAACUGCCAACGUAUGAUGUGCAUAGCCUAUGCAAACGAGAUGGCCGAUGCAUGCAGACAACUAUCGCAAUCACUCUCGGAGAAGCAAGCGUCGGAGACGAAGACAUUGCUUCCAGACACCAUCACGAUCGAUCCACUCGAAGUCUCCCGCGCCGCUGCCACCAAGCCUUUCGGGUAUAUGCCAUACACACCUUCACUCGGCGUCGGAGGUCACUGUAUACCUUGCAACCCAUUCUAUCUCCUCUCAAACUCAAGCUUCCCUCUGCUUGAAGCUUGCACCGAGCGCAUGCGAGAACGACCAGCUCGCAUGGGUGACCAGCUCAUGAGAAAGAUUCGCAAGGCCACAUCUAGGCGACUUCACGUUCUAGUCGUUGGUCUUGGCUUCAAACGUGGCCAAGCUGUGCUGUCGCACUCUCCUGGAUUGGCGCUGGCAACCCAUCUCCUCAGCAACUAUAAUGUGUACGUCGAGUACGCAGAUCCUUUGGUGGAUCAGAAUGCUGUGCCGUCGAUCCCGAAAAUGGAAGGGUCGGAAUGGACCGUGGAGAAUUUGCGAAAGUUCGACGGUAUCGUCGUGGCUGUGGACCAGCCCGGAUUAGAUUUGAACCAGCUCAGACAAGCCCAAGCUCAAGGUGUACAUGUGGACUGGUAUUGCAAUGUUCAAUGA